GCCGGAUGGGCUUCUUUUCAUUGGACGAAAACAAAAAAGUGCUCGCGCUCGUGCAGGGCCAGCAGGUAACCGUCUUGACCAAUCAAAUCUUUACUUUCCAUAUUUCAGUUUAAACGUAAAAAAAAAAACAAAAACGGUUACUAAUAUUAAAAAAAACCCGUUUUUUUGUUGUUAUGGUAACGCAUAGUCAGGCUCAAAGCUAGCAAAUGACUGAAGUAUUUUCAGACGAAGGAGAAAAGCUGCAGUUUGUUCCGCAUUUCUGUACUAAAAUUAUCUCUCUCUCUCUCUGUACGUGUGUGUGUGUGUGUGUGUCAGCCCAGCCCAGCUAGCCCGCCCUGUUCUCCCCCUCCCUCUCUUCCCUUCCCUUCCCUUCCCUCGACGGUCUCCCUCAGUUCACCCCGCAGCAGUUGCCGUCCGGCUCCAAGGUUUCUCUUCCAGACAUGGCCGCGAAAGUGUGCAGACUCCUGCUGCCCCGGAGCAGCGCCGCCGUAGCGUCUCCUUUCCCCGCGUUCGGUGUCUCCUCACAUCGGCAACACCAGCACACAGGAGCGGAGACGCUAUCUGGACCGUUCGUCCAGCAGAGUGUGAGAAGAGGACACAGCCUGAGGUCUUCCGGCAGGGCAGCGCUCUUCAGCCAGUCCAGGGCCUCCCUACCUCCCCAGGGCUGGAAGGGAACUCCUACAUGGCAAGCUCAGAGGCUGCUGUGCUCAUCUGCCGCUUCAGAAGAGGUGACGGUGGUGUAUCAGAACAGCCUGCCGGUGAUCUCAGUGAAGCUGCCGUCUCGGAGGGAGCGCUGUCAGUUCACUCUAAAGCCUCUCAGCGACAGCGUGGGCGUCUUCCUCCAGCAGCUGCAAGCCGAGGACCGGGGUAUCGACCGAGUCGCUGUCUAUUCCACAGAUGGCGCGAGGAUAGCUUCCUCUACGGGGAUCGACAUUUUGCUACUCGACGACUUCAAUCUCGUCAUUAACGAUACCACGCACCUUGUGCGGCCGCCCAGAAGAGAGUUGUUGGCCCAUGAGGAGGCGGAGCGACUGAACGACGUGAAGCUUCUGGUGCAGCAGCUCUACACUACUCUGCGCAUAGAGGAGCAUCAGAUAAGCAAAGAGAGAGAGUUGAUUGGCCGACUUGAGGAUCUCAACUCCCAGCUUCGCCCGCUUGAAAAGGUGAAAGAGGAGCUGGGCAGGAAAGCAGAGCGUCGGACCACCUGGGUGCUGUGGGGAGGCAUGGCGUAUAUGGCUACCCAGUUUGGCGUGCUGGCACGGCUAACCUGGUGGGAGUACUCAUGGGAUAUCAUGGAGCCCGUCACCUAUUUCAUAACCUAUGGCACAGCCAUGGCCAUGUAUGCCUACUUCGUGCUCACACGCCAGGAGUACAUCUACCCUGAUGCCAGAGACAGACAGUAUCUUCUGUUCUUCCACAAGGGAGUGAAGAGGACACGCUUUGACGUCGAAAAGUACAACAAGCUGAAGGACGCUAUUGCCGAGGCCGAGUUGGACCUGAAGCGCCUGAGAGAUCCUCUCCAGCUGCACCUCCCCAUCCAGCAGAUUAGCACCAGCAAGGAUUGAUGUGAGGAAGUGAAAGCCUCCCUUCCUCCUUCCCUCUUUCCUUCUCCCUUCUCUCUCCUUCCCUCCUUCCGCUCUUUCUCCUUUUUCCCUCUCCCUCUUUCAGCCCACUCUUCUUUCAUUUUCUGUUUUUUUAUUUUAUUUUUUAUUU